AUGUGACGACGUGCGCGAGGCGAACUGAAGCGGUCCAAUGACUGGCGUCCAACCUUAUGGCGCACGAGGCGCGCGCGAAACACACGAAGCCGAGAGCCGCGGCGAGACUGGCCUGGAUGCCUUUUUUUUCGUGGUGUACCGUUAUCGGUAGAAUAACUUAGGUUCUGGGAUCUCGUAGUUGGUGUGUAUAUCGGCGCGUCGAUUUCGCUUGCUCGGUCGGGGGAGCGGGUCAUCGCGCCGAUCGUGCGUUUCGACUAUGCCGCAGCCCGCGCGCUUCGCUUCUCUUCUCUUUUCUUUUCUUCGCUUCGCUUCUCGAAGCGACGUGUGUACGGCGCGCCGCGCACGUUGUCGUCGUCGUCGUCGUUGUCGUCGUGGUGGAACCGAAGAGCCUCCUAGCCGUUCGUUCGAUUUUCCUCAGUUCUGUUCGGCGAACGUAUCGCGAUAGAUCGUUCGUCGCGUGGUGCGGAUGCUUCGUUCGUAUGCAAAUAUCGCGACGUCGCCGUCGUUUUCCUGGAUAAACGCCGAUCGCCACCGAGCUCUCGCACGGCCGGUCGACUUCUUCGUCGCCGGAAGUCAAUAUCGCGCUCAUCGACAAGCGCACCAUGAGAUCGCGAAUAAUAUUGUUAGGAGUUUUGCUCAUUUGCACGAGCAUUCGAUAUGCAGAUAGCAGAUCGAAGAAAACGACGCAGCUAUCGCUGCAGAGCAAGGAAACCAACGUGGUAAAUUUUAUGCGGCUGUUGAUGAUGAGAUUGGUCUUUGGGGUAGCUUCGGCGAUGGGGCUGGGUGAAAAUCUCUCGGGUGUACUCGGCGGAAUUUUCGUGCCGCCCGGAGCCGAGGAGUACAAUGAAGAGUACGGAGAUGACGACUUGGUUGUACCUGAUAUUUUUUAAAAUAGAGAUUCUUCGGUCUAAUCGCGCAUCUUUGUGUUCAUAAACGACUACAUUUUUACGAAUUAUGUCGAAGUAAAGAAAAUACUUAUAAAUAAUUAUUUCAAAGCACAAAGAAAUUGGCUCGAUUUAAAUAACGAGAAAUUAUAAAUGUUUCUUUGACUCUACGUCUAAAUUAAUAAAAUUCACAAAAUAUA